UGACAACCGCAGGCUCUCACCUACGGCCGGCUCAGGGGUUUUCGCGAUCAAAGCAGACAAGAAGAACACACCAAUCAUCCGUAAGAUGAUGCCCAAUGGUCAAACCCACCCAACGGAGAUCUGUAGUGCUAUGUCUGUCAAUACAAUGCUGGGGCAGGUCUGUCUGGAUGCGGGGUACACGGAGCCUGUCACAGCUUAUACUUUCAGGCGAGGUGUUGCCAACAACAUGGAAGCCACUGCAAGCUCCAAGAGUACUAAGGAAGCCCUUGGCCACAAGGGUGACCGCGUUUGGCACCAUUAUGCAGCGCCUACCAUAACUGUUGAUGCCCAGAACGUAGCCUACAACAAGCCGGAAGACGCUUCGCAUGCAAGAUUCAGUCAUAGUAUUGCCGUUACUCGGGAUGUCGCUGCUUUCAAGCCGUCCGGAUCGCAAAUGGGCAUUGCUGGCGUCGUCUCCAAAGAUGGCAUGUUGAGAGCCAGAUCUGACCAAAGCCCACGCACAGAUAGAGCGACAUUUCGAAAAGCACUCAAGCUACAGCAUCGAAAGGAUCGCGAAGAGUACAUCUCAAGAGCUGGAAGCAUGCUGGCACAAGGAGAGAGUGAAUUAGAUUCUGAUGUCCAAGAACGCGGCGAUCCUGAAAUCGUGCCAUCUUUCCAGCGACCAGAAUCUUCGCCUGUCUUCAAGCAGAUGCUGAAAUACAACUCUCUACAGGUUCGUGUCAUAGAAACCCUACGGACAGCAGAGAGGGCCUCUCUUGGAGAGUGUGUGAAGCCUCUAAUGGCCCUUGCCAAUACAAAGCCAUUUCGACCUUUCUAUCCGGACCCCGUCCUACCGCCCAAGAAGGAUGGCGACUGUCCCUACUGCAACCAGGAUAUUUCGCAACGCCAUUGGGGUCGCGGUCGUCGCGCAAUACAUUUGCUACAGUGUCAUCAGAAGAACAACCCCGUGCGCUUCUGUUUGCAAUGCGCCAUGUUCGUUCACGAUAAGCUGUGGCCUGACCAUCAGUGUAUAGAUUUAAACGAGCGCCGUAAGAUUUUUGGAGUGAUAACAUGGCGGAAGUUGGUUAUUGGUGAGGGUCGCUGUCCGUACGGUGGCGGCCAAUGCUGCGGAAGGGGACCUUUCAUGGAUUCCAAAGCUCUCAAAACCCAUAUUGAGGGUGUUCAAAUCAAGCAACAGCCAGAAGGAGCCCACUCUUGUCCAGCAGAGGGCUGUGGUCUAGUAGCACCAUCAAAGAAUGACCUACGGCUCCAUUUCCAGAAGACACACUACAUCAAGAUGUGGCUUUCAGCCGCGACCAUUUCAAAGUAGAUCUAGACAAGAACGCUGGGCUCUGAUCAUUGAUGAUAGAAUUCGGUUAGAUGCUACAACUGCGCCUUCGCCUCUUUGGUGAUAAUGAUU